AUGCUAAGUGAGUUUGAAACUUCAUCGUCAACAGUUGAAAAGCUUACUUUAUUGGUAUUCAUUGCUGCUAUUAUCAUCGGAAACAUUUGUGUAUUCGUGACGUAUUUUCUUCGUACCAGUGGAAAACAUUGGUCACAUAUGUUUGUAUUAGGCAUGGCAUUUAUUGAUCUAUUUAUCGGUGGUUUUGUUCUUCCUAUGCGUUUUCAAAGUACUUACGGAAGUCCUCUAACGUCAAAAUUAUGCGCUGCUUCAUCCAUUGGUGAAUCUUGUGCAUUAGCUUCUGUGAUUUAUGCUAUUGGUUUCAUGAUUUAUACUCGAUUAUAUUAUUUAAAAAACGCAUCAACAUCUUUUCACCGUCGUUAUCCUCUAAUGUUAUUAUUAGUGUCGUGGGUUGCUUCCUUUAUUUUCUACGGUAUUCCAUUCAUGACGAACAACUCAAUUGAUCAUUUAAAAGUAGUAUCGUCAACAACAAAUGCAGCCUUUUAUUGCACAACAUACGCAAUAUUUAUUCAUCAUCCAAACUGGAUGGCCUAUACGGAAAUCGGAAUUAUGUAUUCAUUGCCAUUUUUAUGCAUUUUGAUAGGUCUUCUAUUUCUUAUACGUCAUUUAUGCCAAUCAAAACCAAUAGAACUUGAUAAAAUGCAGCGUAAAGAAUAUUAUCAACAAAAGCAAAUGACAUGGCACGUUGUUAUAUUAACUAUAACAUUUAUCUGUCUAUGGCUACCAUGGGCUACAACACGAAUUCUAAUUAUAUUUUACAAAACAAAUGAAAUUCAACAUACUUUACAAAUAACAUAUUAUAUUCUUAUACUCAAAUCAGCGGUUUUCCCUGUCUUAUAUGCUUCAACGAACGCAUCUUUUCGUGGUUCAUUUGCUAUUUAUAGACAUAAACGAAUAACAUUUAAUAAUCGUGUAUGGACAGUAAAUGAAAGUUUGAGAAAUUAA